UGGUGGAUGGAGGAGGGAGAUAUGGCUGAGGAGGGGCUUCUCUUAUCCCGGCUCUGAGCUCUAUAUAGGGGGAGGGGCGGCUGUUUCCCCCCAGUAAAAAUUUAUUUAGCUGUGUUGUUCCUCUUCCUGGCUGCAGCUGUGCCCGGAUCAUCCAUGGAGUCCCAGGUCAGGCAGAACUUCCACCAGGACUGCGAGGCUGGCCUCAACCGCAUGGUGAACCUGAAAUACCACAGCUCCUACGUCUACCUGUCCCUGGCCUCCUACUUUGACCGCGAUGAUGUAGCACUUGCAAAUUUCUCAAAGUUUUUCCGUGAACGCUCAGAAGAGGAGAAGGAGCACGCAGAGGAGCUGAUCAAGUAUCAGAACCGGCGCGGGGGCCGGGUCUUCCUGCAGAGCGUUGAAAAACCAGAAAAAGAUGACUGGACGAAUGGUUUAGAGGCUCUUCAGACUGCUCUUAAGAUGGAGAAGACUGUAAACCAAGCCCUGCUGGACCUGCACAGUAUGGCUGCGGGCAAGAAUGACCCUCAUAUGACAGAUUUCCUGGAGUCGCCAUUCUUGUCUAAAAGCGUAGAGACCCUGAAGAAAAUCGGAGACCACAUCACCAGCCUGAAGAAGCUGUGGGCGAGCCACCCUGGCAUGGCAGAGUACCUGUUCGACAAGCACACGCUGGGCUGAGUGACCUCUUGCAGUACGAUGCCUUUUAGUCCUCCAGAAUUACGCAGUGAAAAGGACCAAAUCCUAAAAUGCAAAUAACAUACCUCCUGCUCUUUACCAGCAUAACGUGUGUAAUAAUAAAAAAUGUUUUGUACCCAA